CACCGGCAUCUGCAUAGAAACCCAGGGGUUGCGGGGUCUCAUUAACAUCAAGAUAUCUUACUGCGAUAGAGUACUCCAAUAUGGGUGCUGCACUGUCUCUGCCGCUAAUGGCUUUGCCAAGCGUGGGCACACUUGUUACCUUCGCUGCAAGCUGCUGCGGUGCGGCUACCUGCUCUGCAGUGUGUAGUGCGUGCGGCAAAUGUGGGAACAGUGUUGCUACACGUAUUGCAUACGCCCUUCUCCUCCUUGUGAACUCGAUACUGUCAUGGAUUAUGCUCACGCCAUGGGCGAUCAACAAGCUACAGAAAUUAACCUUCGACUAUAUGAAAAUCAGCUGCCCCGAAGGAGAGUGCUAUGGUUGGGUGGCAGUGCACCGGAUCAACUUUGCGCUUGGAAUCUUCCACAUUAUAAUGGCUUUCCUCCUCCUCGGAGUCAAUUCUUCAAAGAAUCCACGAGCAUCCAUACAAAAUGGGUUUUGGGGUCCGAAAAUCAUUGCUUGGCUGGCGUUGAUUGUGGUCUCAUUCCUCAUCCCAGAUGGCUUCUUCAUGAUUUGGGGCAACUACAUCGCCUUUGCCGGUGCUACACUCUUCCUCCUCCUUGGAUUGAUUCUCCUUGUUGACCUUGCGCAUACUUGGGCGGAAUACUGUCUCGAUCAGAUAGAAGAGCAUGAGUCACGGACUUGGAGAGGCAUCCUGCUUGGAUCGACGUUCGGGAUGUACGCUGCUUCAUUGGCCAUGACUAUCGUCAUGUACAUCUUCUUCGCUUCGAGCGGUUGCACGAUGAACCAAGCAUCCAUCAGUAUUAACCUGGUGCUCUUCUUGAUCGUUUCCUUUAUUUCGAUACAUCCGGCGGUCCAAGAAUACAACCCUAAAGCGGGCCUGGCGCAGUCAGCGAUGGUUGCCAUAUACUGCACUUACCUUACUAUGUCUGCUGUCUCCAUGGAGCCUGACGACAAGCACUGCAACCCUCUUAUCCGAGCUCAAGGCACACGCACGACUUCGGUUGUCAUUGGUGCUAUUGUCACUAUGCUCACAGUCGCAUAUACCACCACCAGAGCAGCUACACAAGGCGUUGCUCUUGGAUCCAAAGGCAAUAGUAUCAGGCUACCUGAUGAUGAUGAACAUGAUCUCGUUACUCAGCAACCAAACAGUCGCCGCGAAAUGCGCGCUGCAGCUCUUCGCCAAGCCGUUGAAGAAGGAAGCCUUCCCGCCGAUGCUCUCUUGGACGAUGAUGAUGAGAGUGAUGGCGGAAAUACCGCGAAGGAUGACGAGAGAACUUCUACCCAAUACAGCUAUGCCUUGUUCCAUGUCAUCUUCUUCCUGGCGACCACUUGGGUGGCAACCCUCCUGACCAUGAGGUUCGAAUCAGAAAAGAAAGAUGAGUUUCAAGACUUCGAGCCAGUUGGACGAACGUAUUGGGCUAGUUGGGUGAAGAUAAUUAGUGCUUGGAUCUGUUAUGGCAUCUACGUUUGGACGCUUGUAGCGCCAAUUGUAUUGCCAGACAGAUUUGACUUUUCAUAGGGGGUUGGGGUUGCCUGUUUGUUAAUUGUUGUACAUUACUGAUCAUUGCAUUGGUCUGAGCGAGGAGUUUCAGAAUUCACAUUCCGAGAUACACACAAUUCAAGUUAUUCUCGUCU